AUGAAUAAAUCAAAAACAAAAUCACCUCCUUAAGGAAAGUAGCAACAAAGCUUAUCUGUUGAACCUAAAGAAACAAAAAAACUGAGAACAACUUUAGAUUAUUCAUUUAAAGAAAUAAAAAAACUUGAAGGUAUGUAUUGUAACUACUAUGAAAGAAUUAAAAAAUAAAGAAGUUAAACCGAGAGAAGGUGAGCAAUGGAUAUUUAAAGAGUAAAAGAAGUAAGAAAACUAAGAAGUUUAAAACGAUACUCCAAAAGAAUAAGUGCUAAAAUAAUAAUAAUCUUUGCCGGAAGAAACAGAGCCAGUUUAACCAUAAUAAUAAUAACCAUAAAAAUAACAAGACAAUAAAAAAGGCAAUGCUCCAUAACCUCCACCUGCUUAAUUGAUUCCAUAAACAAAUGUCGCAACAUAAUUAAUUACUUUAUAAAAUAUACCAUUAAAUGGAAAAAUAAUUGGUGGUAAAUUAUAAGAAAAUAAAAAUCAAAAUCAGCAAUCUAAGUUCAAACCAGAGUUAUGUUGUUAAUCACUAAUAUUAUGUUAAAAUAAAUUAACUAGUUUGAGUGGAUUUUAUUAGGUGAUGCAAACUGUAAUGCCUAAUGUAGAAUUACUUAGAUGGAUUGAUUUAUCAUAUAAUCAAUUGACAACUUUAGAUUAUAAUUUCAAAGAAUUGCCACAUUUAUAAUCAUUAUAUCUCACAUUUAAUUCUAUAAAGGAUAUCAAUGAAUUAAAAUAAGUAAUAUAUUUUAUAUAUAUAUAUAGUUAUCACACUUAUAAGAGUUCAGAUCUCUUAAGAUAUAUGGUAAUCCUAUAGAAUAGAUCAUCAAUUUUAGAUUAUAUAUAAUUGAUGUCCUUCCUUAAUUAAAAAGGAUAGACUCUGUCUUAAUUAGUAAAAAAGUAUAUCUUUUAUAUUUUAUUAUAGGAAAGAGAUAAUUCAUCAAUGAUAGUGAAAGUAUUUGAUUUCAAACCUCAAAUGAAGGCUUAAGCUGAUAAAGAUAAAUUGUUAUUAUAAUAAACCUAAAUUACAUAAUAAAAGUCAAAAUCUUAACCAAAAAAGAAAAAAUGA